AUGUUCCCCCACAAAAGAGAUCAGUCGUUCAUUUCAACGCCUGUGUCGCGUGUGGGAUCUUCAGCGAGACUAAACCAACUAUCAGGCCAAACUGGAUCUCGCCCGUCUUCUCGACCAGCUACGCCUGGUGCGUACGUGACAAGCUCACUUAACCCAGCCAGAAAUGUUCCCGUGACGUCCAACAACUCCCGGCUGCAACUGGCAGGCCUCGAAAACUUGCAAAUCGAACAAGUCCCGGUUGUCGAGAAUCUCCGGAGAUUCGAAGCGUCAUUCAACCAGCUAUCCCAAUUAAUCACUUCCUUUAAAGAAACUGGGUUGGUGUCCGAGGUAAAUAACCUAAUAGAGAUUGAACGGGAGAUAUCAGAAGGCCUUUGUGCCCUAGAGCCCCAUCACAACUUGGGUGUGGAAAUACAGGCCCUUACGAAAGUCAACAAAGAGUUGGAUACACAUUCCAAGGGCAUUUUGAAAGAGCUAAUAUCCUGCAGAUCCAAACUCCAGAAACUACCUAAACUACCUGCUGCGCAAGGAAACGCCCAGAAACUAAAUGACGUGGACGUGCAGACCGUUCUUGACUAUGCGAUGAAGCUAGCAAAAUUUUCAAAGGCCCCUGCCACCGUGCUGUCGCAGUUCAUACACCCUAAUAAUUACAUUUGGCCUGCGGAGGACGCGUUGAGAAGAGGAAUGUUAGCCAUGGCAUCUAUCAAACCAGAAGAGCUUAUCCAGGCCGAGAUAGGACAUCAGUCCCAGCCUGAACGUGUUCCUCUGCAUUAUUCGUCUGAUCUGGAUGUGGCGAUGGAGGAUGUGGAUGUGGCGACCGAAAAGGAACUUUCAAAUAAAAAAGAGGUCCCCCCGAAGCCAAUUGGCGCUUCAUCUGUAGAUGCAAGCGAACAAGUGAGAAAGCCUGCGACAGCCACACUUGAUCUAGACCUUUUUGAUCCUGAGGAUGAUGACGAUGACUCAGAUUAG